AAAUUAAGGAACCAACCAAGAAAAGAAAAAGAAAAAAAAAAGAGAAAAGAAAAGAAAAGAAAUUAGAGAAGCCCUACCUCCAUCAUCUUCUUCCUCUUCCCCUUGUAGCCGCCGACCACCCUCCCCCUUCUGCUCAGUCUUCUUGGCCGGCGAGCGUUGUGGCGGUGAAACCCAUAAAUCAGGUCUGCCAUGGAAACUCGAUUCUCGAUGACAGCUCCAUGGGUUUUAUGGUCGUAGUGUAAUAAAGCAGAUGCGACGACCAUGAGACGGGAACCCUCUCUUUACACCUUCGCAUUAAUGUCUCUCCGUCUCGUCAGGUUUCGGCAUUGACUCACCCUUCGAUUGGCUUCAAAUUGGUGUAUCCAUAUCGUCUAAGGUCCAGAUCUAUAAUUUCGGACGUUUUUGGACACCAACGAGCCAGGUUUAGAGCCUCUGCGGUAAGAUUUGUUUGAAAUCAUGGAAACUGGGGACUCUGCUCCCCCUUCCCUCGGUCCCCGCUAUGCACCGGAUGACCCUACUCUUCCCAAACCUUGGAAGGGAUUGAUUGAUGGGAGCACUGGACUAUCAUACUACUGGAACCCUGAAACCAACGUUACUCAGUAUGAGAAACCGGUCUCUUUGCCACCACCAUUACCACUCGGUCCUCAUCCUAGCGUCUCCACUUCCAAGCCGACUUCAAUCCCGGAGGCUCAUUCAAUGCCAUCAAAUGACACAUUGGCACCUCAUGUACAGCAAAAUCAUCAUGUCCCUCAACAAGAUGGCCAAUUAAACAGCCAACUUUCGCAACAACCUGGACAUCUGAUCACACAACAACACAGUUUUGUUGCCAGUCAGGUGGCCAUUAAUCACCAUCCUAGCAUGCAAAUGGCACCAGAUGGGCGACAACAUGGCGCGCAAUCAAACCAGGUCAUGCACCAACCGGGGCUAUUUGCAAUGUCGUCACAGCAUAUUGGCCACCAGCAGGUUCAUCAAGGUCAGAAAAUGGCACAUGCUAAUCAACAAAUGUCUCAACAUCCUAACCAACAACCGCUACAGAAUCAAAGGCAAACCCUACAGAAUCCGGGACAACAAAUGCCACCACCAUCAGUCCAGCAUUUAGGACAGCCAAACAUGCAAAAUCCAACCCCAUUAGUCGGGCAACCUCAAGGUCUGCAAUAUGGUCAGCAGCAACUUCAGUAUAUUGGUUACCAACAAAGCGUUCAUCCAAAUGUUCAACAGAAUUUGCAGCAGCAAGUUCAACAAAGUCCUUCAGGUCAGCCAUUUGGUAAUCACGUCGAACAGAAGCCGACUUUUCUGAAGAGAGAGGAGGAGAAUAUCCAGUCAGGAAACCAAGUUGGAUUUUCUUCUUCCCAGUUUCAACAAAGUGGUGGCACUUCAUCUAUUCAUGGAACCAAUUCUUCUCAAACGCAACAAUUUGGUUUAGCAUCUGAUCAGGCACGACAAUUUGGUAGCUCUCCAGGAAACAUGCAACAACAACAUCCUGUGGUUCAAUUGCCGCAUGCAGGUACUGAAUUGACUCAUCGCCAUCAUCAUUCUAGAUUCCAAGAUCAAAUGGGCCCAACUGUGAUGCAGGGGCAGCAAGCUGGUGCCGAACAUUUGCCAGGCAGAGCCGGAAAUGUAUAUUACUUUGGCGGGAAUGAGGGGCCUGGCAUUGGUCCACAUCAGCCAAGGCUUGCAGCAAUACCAAUGGCAAGGAGCCAGCAGGACACAAGGAUGAGUGGUGUUCCAUUUCCAAGUGCGGCACCCGGUCAUCAUAGUGGGACAAAUUUUGCAGCUGGUCCGACACAUAAUUUGAAUAGCCAUGGAUCUGGUGGUCCAUCAUUGUCAAAUAAUGCAUUGAUGGGCCCUCCUCAUAUUGGAGCUUCAGAUGUUACUAAUAUGUCACCUGUUGAAGUUUAUCGUAAACAACAUGAAGUAACUGCUACGGGUGAUAAUGUUCCAGCUCCAUUCAUGACAUUUGAGGCUACUGGCUUCCCUCCGGAGAUACUGAGAGAGAUAUAUUCUGCUGGUUUCUCAUCUCCUACGCCAAUUCAAGCACAAACAUGGCCCAUUGCCCUGCAAGGUCGGGACAUAGUAGCGAUUGCUAAAACGGGGUCUGGGAAAACUUUGGGCUAUUUGAUUCCUGCCUUCAUUCUUCUUAGGCAUUGCCGAAAUAACCCUCAAAAUGGACCAACUGUGUUGGUUUUGGCUCCUACUAGGGAGCUUGCUACUCAAAUACAAGAUGAAGCUCUUAAAUUUGGGAGAUCUUCUCGGGUUUGUUGUACGUGCUUGUAUGGUGGAGCCCCAAAAGGUCCUCAAUUAAAAGAGUUAGAUCGUGGUGCUGAUAUCGUGGUGGCAACUCCUGGACGGCUUAAUGAUAUACUUGAAAUGAAGAUGAUCAACUUUAGGCAAGUUUCACUGCUUGUGCUUGAUGAAGCUGAUCGGAUGCUUGACAUGGGAUUUGAACCCCAAAUUAGGAAGAUUGUGAAUGAAAUACCACCACGUAGACAAACUCUUAUGUAUACAGCAACCUGGCCCAAGGAAGUAAGAAAAAUAGCGAAUGAUCUUCUCGUCAAUUCUGUCCAGGUGAAUAUUGGUAGCGUUGAUGAACUUGCUGCUAACAAGGCUAUUACACAGUAUGUUGAAGUUGUCCCACAGAUGGAAAAACAGAGACGGUUGGAGCAGAUCCUUAGAUCCCAAGAACGGGGGUCUAAGGUAAUAAUUUUUUGUUCUACGAAGAGGUUGUGUGAUCAGCUUGCACGGAAUCUUGGACGUGGUUUUGGGGCUGCUGCUAUUCAUGGAGACAAAUCACAGGGGGAGCGUGAUUGGGUAUUGAACCAGUUUCGUAGUGGAAAGUCCCCAAUACUAGUUGCCACCGAUGUUGCUGCUCGUGGGCUUGACAUCAAAGAUAUAAGAGUGGUGAUCAACUACGAUUUUCCAACUGGAAUUGAGGAUUAUGUCCACCGAAUUGGAAGAACUGGGAGGGCUGGAGCAACGGGAGUGGCAUAUACCUUCUUCUCUGAACAGGAUUGGAAAUAUGCUGCUGAUUUGAUUAAAGUACUGGAGGGUGCGGACCAACCCGUGCCUCCUGAGUUGCGAAAUAUGGCUAUGCGUGGUGGGCCGAGUUUUGGGAAGGAUAGGGGUGGGAUGGGACGUUAUGAUGCAGUUAUGGGUGGCAGUCGCUGGGAUUCAGGAGGCCGAGGUGGUAUGAGAGAUGGCGUUGGUGGUCGUGGUGGUGCAAGGGAUGGAGAGUUUGGUGGCCGUGGUGGGAUGAGAGAUGGCGGGUUUGGGUGUCGUGGUGGGAUGAGAGAUGGUACUGCUGGUGGACGAGGUGGGAGAGGUAGUUUCUUUUCUGCACGGGGUAGAGGACGGGGUUUUGGUGGUCCUGCUGGUGGUCAUGUUGGUUGGGGCAGGGGUGAUCGUGGUGGCCCACAUGAUAGGUUCAAUAGUAUGGAUGGACGUGGUCGUGGACGUGGACAGGGUCGAUUUGAUAACAGAAGAGACUUCAGUAGGAGUAGAGGCAGAAGUUAUAGUCGUAGUCCUGAAAGAGUCCGAACAUGGGGUUACAGCCGAAGUCGCAGUCGUAGUGGUAGCCAUAGUUGCAGUAGUAGAAGCUGGAGCCGGAGUCGAAGUCGUAGCAGGAGCAGAAGUAGGAGCCGGAGUUGGUCCCGCCGUUAUAGUCGAAGCCGUAGUCGUAGCCGUAGCCGUAGCCACGAUAAUAAUGAGCGAUCACGUGAGGGAAACUUUGAUAGAAAGGACGAUCCACCUCCCGAGUCAGUAGCUGCAACGUCUCCUGGCACACAAAAGAACACUUCUGAAUCAGGAGAAGAUGUGAGGCAGCUUCCUCCGGUGUCCAGGAGCGGUAAUAUCGAGCCAGUGAAUCCAGAAAUGGGUACCGACAUGAGUGAUCAAAUUGUUAAUGCAGCAGCUCAAGUAAUAUGAAUGAAUGUUUCUAUCUGUUGGUUUCUGGAUGAAUGAUGGCCGGCUUUGGGUUUUGAUAAUUCCCAAUUUAAUAUCUUUUGAAAAUUUUCUUGUAGAGAAGCUUAUAAAGGAAAAUUUAACUAAUAUGAAGGUUAACAAAGGUGGGGAUUCGAGGGAUCUUUACAAUUUACGAUUGAUGAUGAUGCUGUAUGAAUACGUUGGCUGUGGUAGCAAUUAGAUAAUUACAUAGGGAUGUUUGGGAUCUGAUAAAAGCAGAGAGUUGAGUUGAACUGAUAAUUAUUAUUUGAAGAGUUAAAUUACUUCUAUUGUGUAGAGUUGAGUCGGUAAUUAUUGUCUGUGUUUGGUGUGCAAAAUCGAGUUGAUGAAUCUGAAAGUCAGUGUUUGGGUGUAAAGUUGAGUUGAGAUAUUUGAUGCAGUUUUUGUAAA